AUGAAUUCAGGCCCAAUUAAUUAUACAAGAACAAUGAAACCAGUUGUUCCAACUUAUUAUCCAUCAGAAAUUCGUUAGCAAUCUGUUGGUAAGGAAAAUCGAGCACCUAUCAAACAUAACUCAUGUAGUUAAAUUAGAUUUGUUAAUGUAAAUAAAUAAAAUUAUCUAAUUAGAAUUUACCUUCAGCAAAAACAUAGGACAGCUUUGAAUCAUAAAAGCCUUAAGAAUAACUCUUUGAUAAAUUAAAAUUAUAAGUAAUCUAAUUGUAAUAUGAAUAAAAUACUUUAAACGAACAAUUUCAAAUUUAAAUUAAAUCACUAAAUGAUCGAAUGAAUUCUAAUGAAUAAAGUGUUAAAUCAUUGUAUGAUUCUGGAAUCGGAUAAUUAAAUAAUGAUGUUCAAUUAAAAGACAAAAUUAAGCAAUUAGAAUUGAAAAUAGGAGAAAUUUAAUUAUUACUCAUUAAUUAAGAAUAGAAAGUAUUAUCAUGGACCUAAUCUACAAUGGAAAAACUCAAAAAAAAUAUUCUUGAAGCUACGAAUAAAACAGAAAUUAAAAUUUAAACCUAAUUAGAUAAAAUUACGCAAAAUAUAAAAAAUUUACAAUUAUCUUAAAAUUCUACAACUUAAACAAAUUGUAUUAGUUAAGAUUUGAAAAGAUUUUAAUAAUUCAAUGAGGAAGUUUCAUCUUAUCUAAGUUAAACUGUAACUUCAAAUAGUAUUAAUAUUAUUGAAUAAAUGGUUGCUGAUAUUAAACCAGAUAUGACUCCAAUUAAUACUGCAAGUCCAUUAAAAUAAGAAAUUACUAAUAAAUGUAAAUAAUAUAAAUAUUAUCAAAGAUAAAUGUUAGAUGUCUGCUAUUUCAGAAAAGACCCUUGAUGAUUCUAGGAGUGAUUAUUAAUAGAUUCAAUAAUAUGAAUUGGAUGGAAAUGGAUAUUUAAUAUCAAAUGGUUGUUAUGUCUUAGAUUAAAAUGGAAAGAGAUAUUAAUUAAGUUAAGAACAAAUCAAUUAUUUAAAAUCUAUUAAUGUUAUUGAAGAAAUAAAUUCAUGA